AUCUGGAAAAAAUACAAGGUAAAUGCAAAAUAAUGGUAUUGAAAUUACAGAAGGUUUGAAAAAGUUUUCUUCAAAAACAGUGACAGUUACCCAGAGCAUAACAGCGUAGGGGUUAGUUUGCUACUCGGGUGCUACUCUGAAAUAGUUCUUUAAACACUUUGUUCAGAUAUUUUUAUUCAAUAUUAUCCUUAAUAAUGUUGAUGUUUUUGGUCCAGAGGGGUAAAUAUUUGCUGUCAUGGUAUAAUUAACUGACAGAUCACAAUCCACUUACAUAUUAUAAAGAAUUAUCAAAAAAUGAAUCGGUGUUUUACAUUGGUAUAUUACAAAUAACUGAACAGGAAAUGUAAAUAUCUUAAAAGUGAUAAAGUUAAGGGUACGGUACAAAAACUGACCUAGGGCUUAACUCAGAAUCAGUGUUUGUUAAAAGGUUACAUUAGAGAGAAACGGUGCAAUAGUGCUGUUUUUUUUUCUUCUUUGUGCUUUCUCCAAGAAGAAAAUUAAUAAAACAUGUUCAUAUACUUUUAAAUAUGCUUCAGUAAAGUAGCAGACUGGUGUGGGUUAGACAUUCAAUCAUGUAUAAAACCAUAAAUGAUUCCUACAUUAUGACGUACAACUUAUGGAAUGUGUGAAGAUGUAUGUCUUUGUUCUGAUGGAAUUCUGAUGGAAUGUUCUGGUCUAUGGUAGGGGAUGGACGCCAAGUGCAAUGAAAGCAGAGGUUACUGGGUUUGUCCAGAGCAAUAAGGGAAGAGCUUCAGUGAGAAGCCCACGGACCACUAAAGGGCUUAAUUUUGAUUAGGUUGCUUCCAUAUCCCACUGUCAUUAACACAUCUGCAGACAGCAAUUCCAGCUGCAGAGACGAAGCCCAAGAAUGAAACUGUGUUCUAAUAAACAUGGUGAAAUCAUGUACGUGUAUUAUGGAAAAAUGAUUGAGCUAUCCGGUUCUAAUGACAUGAUGUAAGAGCUUCUGUCAAAAAUCAUCUUCAUUAAUUCGAGAAGUUGAAAGGUUAUAUUGCAAUUCAAUAAUGUCAUAUUUUUUGUCACAGUUUUGAUAAUUUUUUUGAGUCAGAACCACACAGUGGCAGUAAUCAGUCCGAACACCCCAACCCCCACCCCCCAGAAUGUCAGACAGAGGAAAAUCACCGGUGGAGGACGUGUAGGAGUGAUGCCCGAGGCCAGUUACCCUCAGAGUCGUAAACCUCCUGUUUGGAGUCUAAUGGCAUCUUUACAGUCGCUUCAUGAGAAUUCAGGGCACACCUUUCAUACAUUGAGGUUCAAAAAUAGCGGUGGAAAAAAACAAGGGUUAUUUAUUUUGGGUGGGAGGAAGGCAGGAGUGGGGGAUGGAGGAAGGUAAUGGAGUCUUGCAUUAUUCAGAAGAGGUUCUCUAUUACAUGUAGGCCCAGAAUCCGCCUCGUUCUGUCGUGCUUGACCAUCUCUUUUUUUUUUUUCACCCACAAAUCUGUCUAGUUCUCCUAGUCACACAACGUGUGGGAGUCAGGUGUUUUGUACCGGCAAACCUUCAUGUAGAACCUAAGCAUGAGUCCUGCCUGCUCAAAGUGGAGUCCUCCAGAGUUGAAAAUGAUCGUGGUUCUCCAGUUCAUGGCAUUCUGUCUGGCACUGGUGUCUACAGUCUUCCUGAUAGUGGCCACUUGGACCGACUGUUGGAUGGUCAAUGCUGAUGAUGAUUGGGAGGUCAGCCAAAAAUGCCGAGGACUGUGGUGGGAGUGCGUGACCAAUACGCAGGAUGGGAUCCGCACAUGUGACCAGUAUGAGACCAUCCUUGCUGAGCAUCCGUUGAAGAUCGUGUUGACCCGAGCCUUGAUGAUCACUGCUGACAUUCUGGCCAGCUUUGCACUCAUCAUCCUUGUCCUGGGCCUGGAUUUUAUCAAGCUUCUAAAGGAAGAGCCCAACAUCAAGCUGAGAAUAUGCUACUUUGCAGGCUUCAUAUUUGGACUGGGAGGCAUCCCAGGAAUGAUUGGUUCAGUGUGGUAUGCAGUGGAUGUGUACGUAGAGAGAGCCACCUUUGUCCUGAAGAAUGUCUACUUAGGAAUGCACUAUGAGUUUGGCUGGUCCUGUUGGCUGGCAAUGGCUGGGUCAACAGGAUGUUUUCUAAGCUCGAUUGUACUAACAUGCUGCCUGUAUAUUUUCAGGGAUGCUAGAUCCUCUCAGUACCACAGGUCCAUAUACCAGUAUGGAAGGACAGCAGCAGGCAAAAAAUACGCCAUGGAUUCUCGUGUCUAAGGAAUGGAUGGCAGGAGUGACUUCAGAGGUGAUGCGGAUGAGGAGCAUAGUCACAUCGGACGGAGGACUUGAUGGCCGCCGAGGGGAUUCUUAUUUUGAAGUGUUUUAGCGGAGCCUUUUAGACGACUGGCAAAGAGGGAUCAUGGCACCAGCUGACCUGGCUUGAGAGAUUAAGUGUGUUGUUAAAACACAUCAAUGUCUUUUAUAUCUCAAGAUGAACCUGAGACUUUAAAGAUUCAUUUCUUCACUGUUAAAUAUUGUAGUAGGACAUUUAAAUUCACUUACACUGCCGCUUAAACUACAAAGCAUGGAUUCCUUUAAGCCAUGGAUUUUUUUUGGUUGUUUUUCAGUUUUUCUGAACCGAAUAUGUCAUCCAAAAUAGUGAAUGUAGCCCAUUUUAGCAGCGGAAAAAAAUUGACCAAAGAAUUUUAUAUACAUACACAUAUAUCCACCACUCUUUCCGCAAUAAUUUUGUUAAGCUGAUCUUGGCAGGUGGUCAAGAUUAGAAAUGAUUAUUAGGCUAACACACAGCCAUACUUGAAAGUAUUGUCUGUAUAACUGAUUGUUAAAAACUAUAACAUAUAAUUAUUUAAAUACACAAUUACAAACCUUCAGAAAAGCCUUUGUAUAAAUGUUAUCAAAAGAGACAAACAAAAUCAACUUGUUCUGUAAUAUCUUUGUACAUGUAUCUGGUUUCCAUUGCAAUGUAAAAAGAGAACUGUUUCUAGUUCACAUAGAUAUAUGUCAAACAGGGAACAUUUAUGAAAUAAAAUAUUUAAAUGUA